UACGCUCCUAGUGCCUAAUGUCAGAACCUCAAAGCGCCGCCUACAAUGAAAAUCCUAGCAAUUAAAAAUAAGGUUUGGCGGCUGCUGGGGAGGAGGAGCAGACAGAAGCCAGCAGCAGCAAAUGCAUCAUCUCCAUCCAUCCAAAAUGCCGGAAACACCCAAGCUCCAUCUAUGAUCAGUACCAAUCACACAAGUAAUUAUGGGCAGGCCUUCUCUGAAGAAGUCCUAGAACAACUAUUAAGGGAUCCUCAGAUCGUUGACAUGAUAACGGUCCCUAAAACUCCAACUGGACUGCCUCUGCGACCUGAACGACCUGUGUGCUUUUUCUAUGACGCGUAUGGGCUUUGCCAGAAAGGGCCUGCUUGUCUGUAUGAUCACCCGUAUCCAUAUAAUCCUUCGCAGCAUCGGGUGGUAGCCACAAGGGAGGGCCAGAUAAAUCGAAGGUACUAAUGCCUUUUGGCUCAACGGCAAUAUAAUAGUUGUCUGAUGUAAAUGGCAAAAGACUGGAAUAAGCCGUAAUGUAUCAAACUGCUUUAAGUGUUGGAGGAUGUCAUAAUGGAUCAUUUUAAGAUCUUCCUGGUGCUAUUUAUAUGCCUAUGAUAUAAUUUGAUGAAUGUUGUGUUUGUUGGGGGUGGUUUACACCAAAUGCUAGGUUUCAGAAUGUUUGAACAAUGCCAACUUGCAGGUGAAUUACUUUCAUGCACCGUAUGAGAGUGGGUUUGAUUUUCAGGUUUAAGAGGGGAAAAUUAUGAUUCAUUGAUUUUUAGAGCU